AUGAAAACAGAAAAUAGAAUGGAGCCUGGUCUCGGCCUGAAUCUUGGUGGGCCACCACUCAGAGAAGACUGCACCACCCAUGAAGAAAGCUUCCCCGAAAUGUUCAUGCCUGAAGAGCCCGUGGAAAAAACGGCGGGCGUGGGCAAUGUUCAAGACGACCAGUUGGUGCCUUCGACAACCUAUUUUACAAAAGCCCAAGCCCGAAAGAUGAACGACUUUCUGUCGGGAACGAAGCUCUCGUUCAAGAGUAAUUUGAAUUCCGUGAUCACAACGGUGGGUGCCGAAGUACUCAACACUCUCAUCACGGGAGACAGUCGACAUUACAGGUCCGGCAUGAUAUUCAAAUUUCCGCGUUUCGAAGACCCUCGAAUAGCCCUACGCAAAGCUAAAGACAACAAGGUUGUCCUUCCCUUUGACGCCGGUGAGACCGCCAAAAAACCAGUUCCAGUAACGAGAGGUGGUGCUCUCGCUUCAACUACACAAUCGUAUGAUGAACUGAAGGCACAAUUGCUUCAACAAGGACGUCUGUUUGAAGAUCCAGAGUUUCCUCCGGUCGAUAGUAGCUUAUAUUACAGCCAGCCGCCACCACGACCAAUCCAGUGGCUUCGACCACAUGUAAGUAUCAUGUGUAUAAGCAGUAGGAUACAUCUGAAUAAUUUUGGGCGAGAUAUGCCUAUUAACCACUUAGAUGUUUUUCCCCCACAAAGACUUUGCGGUUCCUACGAGGCACUCAAAGGCGGGACCACUAGCGAGGCAUUGGAAGACUUCACGGGUGGCAUCGCCGAGAUGUUUGAAUUGCGCAGUAAGUGCCCACCAGACUUGUUCAAGAUUAUGCUGAAAAGUCAGGAACGGUGCUCUCUCAUGGCCUGUAGCAUACAAGCCGAUCCGAACCGAUACGAAGCGCGGCUACCCAACGGACUAAUUAUGGGUCACGCCUAUUCGGUGACUUCUGUGAAAAUGAUUGACACCAGCACGGCCCACCAAGUCGCUUUGGUCCGCGUACGUAAUCCUUGGGGUGACGAGGCCGAAUGGAAAGGUGCAUGGAGCGACAAGUCACCGGAAUGGAACCAGAUUCCAGCUGAAACGAGAAAACUGGUUGGACUCACAUUUGAGGAUGAUGGAGAAUUUUGGAUGUCCUAUAAAGACUUUAUCUCAAACUUUGAAAAGUUAGAAAUAUGCCACUUGGGGCCUCAAUCUUUGGGUGGCGCCGGAGAGCUCCCUGGACGGAAGUGGGAAAUGUGUAUCGAACAUGGAAGCUGGAUCCCACGCGUUUCAGCCGGUGGAUGUCGCAAUUUUCUCGAAACAUUUUGGAUCAAUCCACAAUUUAGCGUCAACCUGGUGGAUCCGGACGAGGACGAUGAUGUCAACGAAGGCACUAUGAUUGUUGGACUAAUGCAGAAACAUCGACGAAAGCUGCGCAAACAAGGCGAGGAUCUGUUAACCAUAGGCUAUGCGAUCUACGCGUUGCCAGAAUCUCACAGCGGGACUUUGGACAUGAACUUUUUCAAAUACAACGCAUCCAAAGCGCGGUCACCGGCUUUUAUCAACCUGCGUGAAGUUUGUGGACGACACAAACUCCCACCUGGGCGGUAUGCGAUUAUUCCAUCCACUUUCCAGCCAAAUGAAGAGGCGGAAUUUAUGUUGCGUAUUUUUACUGAGCACCCGCAAACAUCUGAAGAGAUCGAUGAUGCCGUCGCAGCAGCGGAUACUUCGGCGCUGAUUCAGCCAUUGAACGAAGCCCAGGUUGAGGCGCUCAAGCGUGCAUUUACCAAAGUUGCCGGUGUAGAUGGAGAGAUCGAUAGCGAAGAGCUGCGUGAUAUUUUGAAUGUAGCCUUCACCAGAGAUUUCAAGUUCGAUGGUUUCACGUUAGAAUCGUGCCGAAGCAUGAUAUCCAUGAUGGACUUCGAUCGCUCGGGUAUGCUCAACUUCGAUGAGUUCAAAACGCUGUGGAAUUUACUUCGUCUGUGGAAGACGGCAUUCAAAAAGUUUGACGUGGACAAGAGUGGAUGUAUGAACUCAUUCGAGCUGCGAAACGCACUGAAGGCUGUUGGAGCUGAUCAUGACGACCUCCGAUUCGCUGCUAUUGCUCACACUCACCUCAGCUCUGUAACUGUUGCUUUGUUAUUAUGCAUUCCACGUCCUAACUCCAUCGCUCCACAACGCAAUCUAAAUUUCACACAACUUUGUAUCACAUCACCAGGUUUCUCAAUCAACAACUCCAUCUUCAACACACUGGUUAUGCGAUUCGCUCGUCGAGACGGUAGCAUAGCGUUUGAUGACUACGUGAUUUGCUGUGCUCGGCUUCAGACGUUAUUCGAAAUCUUCAAGGCCAGUCCAAAGACGACUGAAGGACGUGCGAUAUUUGAUGAAACUAAUGUUGCUGAAAAAUCUUCGACGGCCCACGGCCGGUUUUGCCCUUCUUUGAGCUCAUCAGCUAGGCGCAGUCCCCUAGUUUCCAUCAAUCCAAUGCUUUACUUGAGCCCGAAUCGCACGAAUUUAGCAAACUUCACUCAUUUACACACCACUUUGGUUUUUACGGGAGACUCGCCUGAAACCCAGCUUAAAAACAUCAUAAACGAAAGAUUCGGUUGA